GAGGCGGAAUUCGAACCCAUGACCUGUGACUCCCAAGCCCGUGCUCUUUCCACUGAGCCACGCUGCUUCUCUCCGUCCCCCUGCCCCAUCACCUGACUGCUGGAAGCACCUGGACCUCUGCCCCGCCCCUCCAAUCAGGCAGCACAGGGCCGGUGCCAGCGCUUAGAAUGGUGCUUAGGACAUACUUCUCCCUUCCCCCACCUCUGGCCAUCCAUUCGGUGAUGGCCGCCUGCCUGCCAAGAAUGGACACCAAGGACGACCUUCUGCCGGCCAAGGACGGAUGCCCAGGUCGAGUUUGGACUGGCCCCACUCUGCCUCCACUCCAGGCCACUAGAUUUACGGCCCCCAGAAUGCCCUUAGCUGGGAGGAUUGUGCUGUGGGGCCUGUUCCUGCUCUCAUCAGGGGCCGUGCAGGGCGAGUCCCACAUCCCCACGGAGUCCCGCACCCAUGCGGAGGACCGCCUCUUCAAGCACCUGUUCCAAGGCUACAACCGCUGGGUCCGCCCUGUUCCCAACACCUCAGACGUGGUGAUUGUCCGCUUCGGCCUGUCCAUUGCCCAGCUCAUCGAUGUGGAUGAGAAGAAUCAAAUGAUGACAACCAACGUGUGGCUCAAGCAGGAGUGGCAGGACCACAAGUUGCGCUGGGACCCAUCCGCCUUCGAUAACGUCACAACGCUGCGGGUGCCCGCAGACAUGAUCUGGAUCCCCGACAUCGUCCUGUACAACAACGCCGAUGGAGAGUUUGCGGUGAGGCACAUGACCAAGGCCCAGCUGUCCGCCUCAGGCACGGUGCGCUGGGCACCACCCGCCAUCUACAAGAGCUCCUGCAGCAUCGACGUCACCCACUUCCCCUUUGACCAGCAGAACUGCAAGAUGAAGUUCGGCUCCUGGACGUACGACAAAGCCAAGAUCGACCUGGAGCUCCUGCAGCAGACGGUGGAGUUGCAUCAGUUCUGGGAGAGCGGAGAGUGGGCCAUCGUGCGUGCCGUGGGCACCUACAACACCAAGAAGUACGACUGCUGCUCGGAGAUCUACCCCGACAUCACCUACUGCUUCCGGAUCCGCCGCCUGCCCCUCUUCUACACCAUCAACCUCAUCACGCCCUGCCUGCUGCUGUCCACCCUGACCGUGCUCGUCUUCUACCUGCCGUCCGCCUGCGGCGAGAAGAUCACCCUGUGCAUCUCCGUCCUGCUCUCGCUCACCGUCUUUCUGCUGCUCAUCACCGAGAUCAUCCCCUCCACUUCUCUGGUCGUGCCCCUCAUCAGCGAGUACCUGCUCUUCACCAUGAUCUUCGUCACCCUGUCCAUCGGCAUCACCGUCUUCGUCCUCAACGUCCACCACCGGGCACCGGGCACCCACACCAUGCCCCACUGGGUGCGGGAAGUCUUCCUAGGGCGGGCACCUGAGGGGCUCCUCCUGCGCAGGCCCCGGUCCACCCCGCAGCUGCUGACAGCCCCCGGGAUGGGGGCCGGUGCCUCCCACUAUUGGCUGGACACGAGGGUCGACGAUGAGGAGGAAGACGAGGAAGCCUGGAGGGAGCCCCUCCAUCGCCACUGGGCUCACCCUGGCACUGGGGCUCCUCCCGGGUCUGGGGCCCCCCAGCCCAUCACUAGUCUCCCACUGUCCAGCAGCAUCCUCGAGGCCCUGGCCGGUGUGCAGUACAUUGCCGACCACCUGAAGGCUGAGGAUGCUGACUCCACGGUGAAGGAAGACUGGAAAUAUGUCGCCAUGGUCAUCGACCGCAUCUUCCUCUGGCUGUUCGUUGUCAUCUGUCUGUUUGGUACCAUUGGGCUGUUUGUACCCCCGCUCCUGGCCGGCCUGAUCUAGGAGCCAAGGCUGCAGCGUCGUGGGUGGACCCGAGCUGACCCUCCCUGACCAGCCCUGGGAGCCUCAGAGACAACCCUUCUGGAAGAUCCUGCCAGGCCCAGCGGAUGGAGCCCAUAGCCUCUACUGUGUGGCCGGCAUUAACCUCAGCCUCCACGGUGCUGUCUCCCUUAGCGCUCCUUGGCCCGUUCCCACGGGAGCUGCAUCAUCCCCCUCCAGCAUGAGAGAGGGGAUCAGGUGUGCCAGCCCCAGCUGGGCCCAGGGGACGGGGCCCAGAGUCUCUAUUGUACUGCUUCCCAUAGUGCUCCUUUUCUUCCCCCAAGCCCCAACAUGGGAGUCCCAGCAUCCCCCUCCAGCUCCAGAGCAGGGAACAAGCACGCCAACCCCAGCUGGAUGCAGGGACAGGGCCCAGAGCACCUACUGUGUAGCUAGUCUCAGCCUCUGCCUCCACCACACUGUCUUGCCUAGUCUUCAUUGUCCACCCAGACACACAUGGGAGCCCCAUCACCCUCCUCCAGGCUCAGGGCAGGUCCCAGCUCAGCUCAGCUUGGCAGCUCAGCUGCCAUCCCCCACCACCCCCUACAUUGGCACUGGUUCUGUCCAUUCCUACAGUCUCUCAGUUGCCUUUCCUGGACUCCUGCUCUGCCACCUGUGGGGGACAGGGAAGCUGGUUGCAGGAGACCCCUUCCUCCCCAAGUACCUUCCCACCCUUUGCCAGGACCCUCAGCUCCCCUGCCCUGCUGGCCCGUGAGGGCUGACCCGACCUAUGGGGGGGUGAGGGGGAAGGGAGGAGGAGACCUGACCUUGUCCAGGGGUGGUGGUCAACUCGAACUCCCACCAAGAUGAGAAAAAUCUCCCAACAACCCAAAGCAAACGACACAGUUUUAAUUCUACCACGCACGCACACAUAAAGAAAGGGACAGGAGCUGUCCGACACAGACCCCCACAAUACACGUUGGAAGGCGGCUACAAGCCAGAGACCCUGCCUUCACCUGGCUAUGCCAUGGAGGGAGACAGGGCUGCUCUGAGCACCCCUCCGCUGAGGCAGCAGCUGGACUGCUCUCUACCCAUUAAAUAAACUCCUUUAUACACUGUA